AUGGACUGGGACACAUUACCUGGUUUUAAUGGAUCUCCAGGUUUACGUGGUAUGCCAGGUGAACCAGUAGAUAUGGGGCCCAUCGGACCCCCAGGAGUACCUAUUCCUGUAGGACUACCAGGUUUAACUGGAGAACCUGGACUGCCAGGUUUUCCUGGACUGCCAGGUGAACGCGGAGUUGAGGGGCCCAUGGGACCCCCAGGAGCACGUGGACUUAUUGGUUUAGCUGGACUGCCAGGUGAACCCGGAGUUGCGGGGCCCAUGGGACCCCCAGGAGCACCUGGACUUAUUGGUUUUCCUGGACUGCCAGGUGAACCCGGAAUUGCGGGGCCUGUGGGACCCCCAGGAGCACGUGGACUUAUUGGUUUACCUGGAUGGCCAGGUAAACCCGGAGUUGAGGGGCCCAUGGGACUUCCGGGAGAUAUUGGUUUUACUGGUUUGAAAGGUGAAAAAGGAGAGCCAGGAUUGCCAGUACCGCUCAUGUUUACAGAAAAACAAAUUAGCUCAGGAGUAUUGCUAGUGAAACACAGUCAGACUCAAGUAAUCCCUUCCUGCGAUGCUGGGCAUGUUAAACUUUGGGAAGGAUAUUCGCUGUUUUCCAAAGACUUGGGUGAUGCUGGUUCCUGCGUAAGAAAAUUCAACACGAUGCCAUUCCAAACUUGUUCGGGGAGCGACUGCAACAGCUAUUUAAGAAGAAACGAUAACAGCUAUUGGUUGACUACUGGCGAACCUUUGCUGUCAAACCAUGUUAUUGGACAAGAUAUCAAGAAAUACAUCUCGAGAUGUGUUGUGUGCGAUGUGCCACAUAAUGUGAUGGCAGUGCAUAGUCAAAGUGUUAUUGAACCGAGCUGUCCGACAGGCUGGGAUGCAUUGUGGACUGGACACAGUUUUGCCACAUAUGGUGAAGACGUCAGCGCCGAAGCUCUUGCCAGCCCAGGCUCCUGUCUUUUGGACUUCAACAUGGUGCCAGUGAUAGAAUGCGGUGGUGAAGAAGGCUCUUGUCUCCAUCGUGUGGCUGGUGGACGCCUUAGCUUCUGGCUAGCUGCCGUUGAUGACGAGUUCUUGGCGCCGGGACCAAGGAUUAUAUCGCAGAAUGACGCACGGUCUCAAGUGUCGAGAUGCGCUGUUUGUAGCAGACAUUGA